AUGGUUUUGGCACUUGGCGGGGGUCCCGGAUUCGGGCGAACAGGCUUCCGUUACUGGCGUGAUCCUGGUGCGUUCGCAGAGUACAAAUUCCAGGGUUCACUGGGUAAAUUCGUUGUUGCUGUUACUGUGACCAAGGCUCGGAAUCCACGGCUGGCAAUGGCACGAGCCGUCAAGUUGACCUUUUUCCGCAUCUUGGUCUUCUAUGUACUUUCAGUGCUUUCCUUGGGCAUGGUGGUCCCAUACAACAGCCCUGAGUUGGCAUUUGCUACUAAGUCCGGUACCAGGGCUGCCGCAUCGCCAUUCGUGGUGGCUAUUAAGCAUGCUAAGAUCGAAGGUCUUGACCAUGUGGUGAAUGCGUGUCUUUUGAUCUUCGUGAUCUCAGCGGCUACAUCUGAUUAUUAUAUUGCAACAAGAACUGUCUACAGCACCGCGUCGGAUGGGAAAGCUCCUAAGUUGUUGACUCGGACAAACGGCCGAGGUGUUCCUCUCUUUGCCAUGGUUCUCCCAACAAUGUUCUGCCUUUUGGCAUAUAUGAGUAUUAGUUCUGGAGCAAAAGCAGUAUUCAGCUAUCUGACCACAAUGGUGGCUACCUUUGGUAUGCUCACUUGGAUUCCCAUCUUGAUCACUCACAUCGGCUUCACUCGUGCGGUCAAGGUUUCUCAGAUUCCAGCUGAACUGUUCCCUUAUCGAGAACCGCUCAGAGAGUGGGGCUCUUGGGCAGGCUUGAUAUUGCUCUGUAUAUUGACAAUCGGAAAGGGCUUUGAAGUCUUCAUCCAUGGAAUUGACUGUAAGAACUUCAUUGUGCAGUAUGUUGGCAUUCUAGUAUAUCUCAUGUGUCUCUUUGGAUAUAAAAUCUUCUACAAAACCCAACGAGUACGAGCAGCUGAAGUUGACCGGGUCACGGGAGUUUCAACCGAGCCAAUCGAGAGUACAAGAGCUCGACAGAAGGCCCAGUGGGAAGAGGAAAAUUCAACCAAACAUCCAUUGAUUCGGGUUUGCCGGAAAGUGCUGGCAGCGUUGCUUUAA